AUGCUGAAGAGAAAAUUUUCGAGGACAUCGGCGGGUAGCAGUGAAUGUACUCCAAUGUAUUUGUUGCAUAAGACCAAAAAAUCUGCUUCCGGUAUGCAGCGAAGAAAGGCAAGCACAUGCAUGUUUGGCGGCAUCCGGUUUCGGAUUUGCCUGUCACUGUGGCAAGCCACAGGACGCCUGCGCCUACAGAGGGACCAUGGAUGGCUUGCGCUGCACCACCCACAGCUCCACCCACACACCCCAUAUCCA